AUGGUUCGAUCUGAGCCACUUGAUGCUCAAAAUGAGGGCGCUGGAGGGUUUGGACGUCGACGAGAGGAUCGUCUAAUGUAUAAAUUGGUGGACAUGCAUGGAGGAGGAGAGCUUAUCUCGUGGAUGAGAUGUUAUGGUGCUUUCUUUUGUGUUGAUGAUCAGAAAAAUCAUCGAGCCGAUUUGCCCGACGAGGAGUCCGUUCAAUUACCAUUGAAGACGAAUUAUACGGGUCGGAUGUAUUUCGGCGAGUUUCCGCUCUCAUUUGCUGCUUGUAUGAACGACGAGGAUUGUUUCCGAUUGUUGAUUGCGUAUAAGGCAAAUCCAAAUGCCCAGGAUUCAAACGGGAACACUGUGUUGCACAUGUGUGUCAUCCAUGAGAAUCUGAUUUUGGGAAUGGAAGCUGAUGUUAUUUGGUCAUAUGCUGACUCGUCACAGACCGCUUACCCAUUAGCGAAAAUCGACACAAUCAAUGAAGAAAAUGGGGAACUCAACGAGCAGAGCGCUCUAGCGCUUGUUGUUUAUGGGGAAUCGACGGAUCACUUGGAACUGUUGGAUGGCCUUCUCGAAAGUAUCAUCGAAAGCAAGUGGAUUGCUUAUGGAAGGAGGCGUUGGUGCAUCUCGUUGAUCAGUUUCGUCAUCUACUACAUAUUUUUGGUUGCCGCUUUCAGUUUACGACCGAUCAGCAUGACGACAUCGGCUCUCACAAAUCAAAACGUUUGCGAAACGGGUUUACCGGCGAACGACAUCUGGGAAUGGGAGAAACUCGAUCCAGAAAUCGAUUGGAAUACG